CAACUAAAGUAGCGCCAACUACAAGUCAAAACCCACAUUCCAUUCCCAAACAGCAUUCAAACAAUUUGAGAAUGUUUGAGGAGCAAGUGAAUGAAUAUUUACCACCGUCGAAUACAAACACAUUUCGCAUACCCAAUGAUCCAGAGCUGCGUGUGCAAUGUGAUCUCUAUAGGCCCAGCAUUGCCACCAGGCGCUUGUAUAGCGAGCGCUACCGGGAGGUUUAUGCGGAGGCAUUUAUAGAGCAUGAGAAUUUGGGCACGUUGGCGGACUUGAGCGCUCGCGCUUUGGCGCAAAUGAGCAACAGAUUCAAAGCGCCGCCGGGCAUGGAGCAGCAGUUCAACGACGGCUUGGACAUAAAUCUGCCGCUGCAGGAUUGCUAUCAUGUGGAGGAUCUGAGCUACUGGCGACGUGUGGUGCUGGCCAAGACUACAGAUCAGUCGUUGCAGCUGAAGAAAGUGGAUGAGUACGACUGGCGCGGCAUGGGCAUAAGCUUAAAGUAUGUGCAGCUGGUGGAAGCUUGUCCAGCGGCGUAUUGGCCGGAACGCCAAAUGGCGCAUUUGGCUGAGCUGGUGCGUCCGUUUAUGCGCACAAUGCACAUAAGACAUCUGCAAUCGUUGACGCCGCUUGCCUUCUCGCAUUAUGUGGACAGCGAUGCGGAACUGGAUGCAAGUUCGGCUGAAUCGGAGCAGUCGGCAAUAUCCAGCGAUGAAAGCGAUACACAAGAGGAGCUUGAUGAAGAAGGAGAGGAGGAGGAAGGGGUGACGAGCUUAAGAGAUAACAAGUCCAUUAUUCGGCUAUCUGUAACUUCAGUGGUGUCCAACACAUACGUGGAGCAGCAGCAGCGUCGUGAGGCGCGUCAUGCACGCAAUAACGCACGGCAAUUGUUACGGCGUAUACAGGCGGAGCAGCAACUGGAUAGAGAAUUACGCAAACGCAGUCGCGCGCUGCUGCAGCAGAAGCCAGCGCCAGCGCCCAAAGUUAAGAAAAAGAAGGAAAAUAAGUCCAAAGGCAAAGGCAAGGGCAAGGACAAGCCGCCGCCCAUAGAAACUGUCUUUGAUCUGGAGGUCAAGCCUGAGCCAGUUAAUCUCAACGAAUUCAUUAAGGAUAAGCGCAACAGGAUUAAGUACUUGGAACGUCUCAAGCGCUAUGAUUAUCCAGCCAAGCAUUGUCAUCACAUUGAUCUGAGCUUUGUGCGUUAUUUUGUGGAGCUAAAGUCGCUGACUCUGGAGUUCUUGGGCCCCCACAUGGGCGCGCACUAUGAGCAGCGGCAUCUGAACUUUAGCUAUGAUGACAUGCGUCGUCUGGCCAAAGGACUGCGCUGCUUGCAACAGCUGAAGAUCUUUCGCUUGCGUCACAGUCGCAUGGACAGUUUCAAGCUUUUGAUAUUAGCCAGAGCUAUAAGCCAGCUGGACGGACUGGAGCUGGUGGAUUUCAGCUACGAUCAGCUGGCAGAUGAUUGUGACAUAGCUUUGAAAAUGUUAUUGGAGCGUGUGACGAUGUUCAAAGCCUUGGAGUUGGAGUACAAUAAACUGGACAGCAACUGCAUGGAGGCCCUAGGUUAUGCAUUGAAGCAACAUUAUCUAGCAGAACCAGCUGGCAAUGCCUUGGAGUAUUUGGGUCUAGCGCACAAUCCCAUAAGCAACGCUGGGCUCAUAGCGCUGGUGAAUAAUAUUGUGGGCACGCAUCAUGUGCAGGAAUUAAAUGUUGCUGGCAUCGAAACUCGUCCGCAGUCCACUGUCCAGCAAUUGAGUUUUCUAUUGCGCAAGCAUGAACCGCUGCGUGCACUGAAUAUAGUAGCCCUUGCCUUGAAUGAGAAACUAGGCCAUCAGCUGAUUUGUAGUCUGGAGACCAACUAUAAAGUUACGCAAUUCGAUUGUCGCGGCUGUGGGCUGAGCGUGGAGCAGGAGCUCGAGGCUGAGCUCAUAGUGCAGCGUAAUAACUACAAAGUAAAGUUUCCCUUUGUAGGUGCUACGACUGAAACUGAAGAGCAGAUCGAAGCACACUUGGCAGUGCUAAAGCAUCCGGGACUCGAGCGAGCCAAGAGCGAAGUGCAAAGCCAUUAUGAAUGCCUUAGAAACAGACCUGACAUAAGCUCCAGUGCGAGUAGCUUAAGCAUAAGGGAGCCAGAGCAGCAAGAUUCAGUUCUAACGGAUGAUAUUGACAUUUGGCAGCAGUUUCUUGAAAGAAAGUCGCAGCUUGCCACGCAAGCCAAAUCGGUGACAAGCUCUAACCUCACCGCUAAAAGCGAACGUUCCACAUUUCACUUUGAUGCCAACUCUUUUACUUUGGAGCAGCUGCGUCAGCAUAUGUUUGUGCCAGGCACAGUGAAUCGUCAUUACUAUUUUGAAGAGCAAAAGAAGCGGUUUCAAUUUUAAUUUUCAAUUAAAAUACAAUUUUAUUUUAUA